GCAAUUUGUCUAUGGAUAAUUAGUUUCUAAGUUGUAUAAAAAAAAGUUGUGUUGAUGUGUAUAGCAUAGAUUAAGCAUUUUUCGAUUAUCUAUGGAUAAUAACAUUCCUAUAACUGACAUUUAUUUUAAAAUUUAUUUUGUUGUUCCAGUUUAAUUUUAUUUCAGGUUCAAUGGAGAGAAGUUUCGAUUUAGGUGCUCUCUUGAAAAAUCAUGAGAAGAAACAUAAAGCAAAGCCAGCGCACUUCAUGAGCGUAGCCAGCGGGGUGAAGAAUAGGCUCGAAACCAACUUGAAAAUUAGGAGAAGUUCACGAUUAACAGUUUUUGAUAAGAUCAGGAAUUUACCAAAAUGUGAGAGCCCCGAGCCUUUAUCAGAAGCUGAGUUAAAGGUUCAGAGGAGGCGGCAGCAAUUGGAGAAAUGGAAGGAGGAUAAAGAAAAAAGGAAAAAAGAAUUAGCAGCACAGAAGAAGAAGCCAUUUGUAACUGGAAUACCACAUGCACCACUGAAGUUUGUGCCACCACCACCACCACCAAAGCCUGUCCUGAGUAGCGGAAGGAUCACAGCUCCGAGCACAUCUGGGAGGGUCACAAGGUCUCAGUCAGCAAAAAACAAUGCUGCCAAGAAAGAUCAUAAAGUACAAUCAUUUGCUCCUAAGAAUGCUACCUUCCGUCCUCCUCAAAUAAAGAACCUAACAAAGGUUCCAGUAUUAGCACCAGUCACAAAAAACAAGAAGGAUAUUAAAGAGUAUAUUUUUAAAUUUAAUUCUAUUUCCAAUAAUGGAUCAAAGGAGAAUCCACCAAAGCAGACCAGAUCAAAGACUACUAACAAGCUACCUGCAUCCAAAGUUAAUACUCAUAAAAAGGAAAAAGCUGCAGAGAAUAGAACUAUUAAAAGCCGGCUCACAAAGAAAGUCAGUCCAAAACCACCUAAAAUUGCUGAAAAAUUAUUGUCAAGUUCAUCAAGUAGUAGCAUGGGAAAGUCUUCAUCAGAGGAAUCUUCAGUGGGAAAAAGCAGAACACCAAGGAAAUCAAUUAGGAUGGACUCUAACAAUUUCACUCCCAAAAACAAUAUGCCUAAGAGUGAGUCUAGCUCUGAAGAGAAGUUGAGAUCUCCAAAGUCUAAUGAUAUAGGAAUGACUCCUGAACAGAUAAUUGAGGAGUCCAAAAGAAUAAGUCCAUGUGUUACACUGUCUCGUGGAAAGGAUAAUGCUAGGAAGGAGAUGAAGAAGAAAAUGGAUGAAGGUUUGUUGGAUGAAGACACCGGUGCUAUAGACAGCGUGGAUCACUUUCGCAGACAGCUGAACUCGGAGAUCACGCGGUUGACAGAGAUGUGCGACCUGUGGGAAAAGAUACGCGAGCAGACGCCACUCGUGGAUUCUGUACAGGACGAGGUGUUAGGUGCCAUAGGCCAGGGCCGGCUGCUGAUGUCGUCGAAGCUGCAGCAGUUUGCAGGGUUGGUGGAGCGCUGCGCCCGGCCUGAACCCGGCGCCGCGCUCGUCACGCCCGCCGACCUGCACGGCUUCUGGGACAUGGUCUUCAUGCAGAUAGAGAACAUCGAUAUGAGGUUCAAACGGCUGGAGGAGCGGCGUAUGCGUGGAUGGGCCGAGGAAGUGACCGAGGCGGCAGCGAAGCCUCGCCGCAACGCGCAGGCCUCCAAGCGACCCGUCCGCGCGCCCCAACCCGCUGGAAACAGUCGCCUGCGGGACAUGAUCGCUGCUGCGAGGAAAGCUAAAAAAGAGCAAGAAGUACAGCCUGAGGUGGUCGCGUCCCCGGCUGCGGGAGACAGCAAGACCUUCGAGGCGGGUUUCUUCUGUGUGCGGUCACCGGUGCGAACGUCGCCGGUAUUCUCCACACCGUCAAAGCCUAGCUUGCUAAAGACUGUUCUCUCUAGUGAGGCUAAAAAGUCAGCAUCUAAGAACACGACAUCGUUCGCCAUGUUGCGCGCGUCUUUGAUGAGCAGGAAUUUGGAAAGCGAUGGAGUGGCUCCGCUGCCGCAAACUCCACUUACGCCAGUUAACCUCCAAGCGACUCCCGGCCGCAGUAUACUGAAGUCUACAAGCAAAACCGUGUCUAAAUCCGGUAAGAAAUCAAUUAAAGUUGUUCUCUUCGAUCAAUCGGACACAGAACAAGAGACACAGAGUAAUAAUGAAGAAAACAAACAAACUGAAGUCCAAGAUAACACAGAAGUUAUCACAGAUAGUGGUCUAUCAUCUAUGGAUGUAGAGAAAAGUGAAAACAAAGAAAAUUCUAAAAGGAAGUCCAGACUGACGAGGCAGGACGCAGUGCAGGAGGACCGGAGCCCGGUCGUGACUAGGAGUCGCCGCAAGAGCCUGCAAAUGUCUCAAGAAGAAGGGAGAAGUAGACGGUCUUCGAGGCGAAAGACCUUGCAAGAAACAGACGAGAACACUCCAUCAGAGGUGGUUCCUACGCCGAAAAGGUCUUCUAGAAGGAGGAAGAGUUCUACACUGCAAAGCGUUAUAGCUUGAUCGUUGAUAGAACAUUGUUUAUUCAUAAGAUUAUCAGGCUUUUAAGCAAGCCACCAACCAAAUCAGUUGUGGAUUUGACUCCAAUAUGCAUCACAUAUAAGUUUGGUAUUUGUAUAAUUGUUGGUUUAUUUAAUAUAUUAGAUAUACAAUAUAAACACUCAGGUUAUGAAAUGAGCUCCCUGCCGAGGUCUUCCCAACAGACUAUAGUAUGGGAUUCUUCAAAAGGGGGUAAAGAGGUUUCUUCAGGGUCGGCAACGCGCGCGUAAUACCUCUGGUAUUGCAGGCGUUCAUAGGCUACGGUAACUACUUACCAUCAGGUGGGCCGUAUGCUUGUUUGCCACCUCAGUGGUAUAAAAAAAAAUAAUAGCAAAUUUCUUUUGACCUAUGAAAUGUAUACUAAUGUUUGUAUUGUAGUUCAAAUGUAAUGGAGAAUACAGACCAAGCUUUAUACGUUGUCCUUUUUGUUUAUAAAACGUGAGACAUCUCGUAAAUUUAUUGUCUUUUUCUUUAUGCUAAAUUCUCUAUUAGGGAAGAAAGUGACAAAACAAUGUUAUGUAGUGUUAGUUUUUAUAUAAAAUAGUACAUAUACUACUCACCUAUUGAUUGAAUGUACCUUGGCAAUACUUUUAAUGACAAGAGAUGGCGUUACAUAGAUCAUGUAGAUGAUUUAUUAAUUUGUAAAAGAAACUGGUUAUUUGUUUAGAAUUAUUUUAAUUCCGCUAUUAUUAGUACGUGUGUGAACUACCAUUAGUAUGUGUGUCACUGUCAACACUCAAAAACUGACCACCACUAUUACCACCAGAAGUUUCGCAGCUUUCCAUAUUAGCCAUAAAUCUCCUACUGCCAUUUUGUUCACGCACGUUUUGCGUUACGUGUUUCACCUCUAAACGAGGCAUUUAUAGGUAAAUUAAAUAGAUCGCUGCCCAGUGCAUGGUGUUAACCGUUCAAAACAAUUAAACAAAAUUCUAAUCAGAUAACGAGUGAUUUGGAAUUCCGUAAAAUAACAUCUAGAAUAAGAACUUUUGGGCAGAAUCAACAAUUUUUGGGCAUAUAUACAUAUCUUUCAUCUCUUCCAUUCUUCCAUUAGGCAUUAGCACGUCUUCCAUUAGGGUUGGCAGAAACAAUGUAACACUAAAUGCUUCGAUUCAAACAAACCUCUUUCGCUUCUUCCACAUUUAUAUCAAUCUUUUUUUAUAUGAUCGCCGGUUACGGGUACUUUUAACUUGGCUCUUCUUCAGCACGUCGCCUAUUUGGUCAACAUACGUCCGUCUAGGGCGGCCCCUACCGACAUCUUUAUUCAUUCUUGCUCUAUUAUAAUUUAUGUAUAAUUUUCUUAUAUAAAUAUUCUAUUGUUCAAGAACAUUUUUUUCCAAAGAAACACUGGAAAACGCCAAGAAAGUUAAACUCGUUUAGGCUAAGUUGAUAGCCCAGCUGUAUCGGGGCGUUCAUUUUUUGUGUUAUUUAGAUGUAUUGCUUUUUUGGUAAACAUUUUAAAGGUUGUAGUUGUACUGCUCAUGUCUAUAGGCGACGGUUACCACUUUCCAUCAGGUGGACCGUCAGCUUGUUUGCCAUUCUAAGUUGUGUAAAAAAAAAUAAUCAAUGUAAUCAGUAACAAUGUAUGUGUAGGUCCCAGCAUAGAAUAGGCUACCCCUUCCUUUCCCGUGGGUGUCGUAAGAAGCGAGAGGGAGGGCGAGGGAUGGGCAGCAGCGUCCCUCUUAAAACAUCUCCAAAGCCUACCAACCCUUCUGCCAAGCGUGGCAAGUAUUGACAACCCCCCUCUCCCAAAUAUAGGGGAGGCAUAUGUCCAGUAGUGGACGGAAUGAUUAUGAUGAUGAUAAAUCAGUAGCAAUAAUCAUUACGAAUCAUUAUACACUAUUAAUCUUGUUUUUCCAAAUAGAAAAAAAAUACAAAAUUCUUACAAAUAUAAAAAAAAAAAUAUGUUUUUUUUCAAUUAUACUAUAGGUACAAUAUAAUUUCUUCCAUUUCAUUCAUCAUCAUCAUCAUCAUCAUCAUCAUCAUCUCGGCCAUUAUCCGUCCACUGCUGGACAUAGGCCUCCCCCAUAGACUGCUAUAAGGAACGGUCCUGAGCCACCUGCAUCCACUGACUCCCUGCAAUGCAUUUUUAAUUUGCAAUUUCUCCGAUUUACCGAGUUAUAACUGCAUAUUAUGGUAACCCUAUUUACGCACACGUGGAUAAAAAAGUUGACUUGUUUUAGCAAAUAAUUUCAUGUCAAUGUCAAUACGACACUAUCUAUCUAUAUGAUGUAAAGCUCUAAUUAGGUCAGAAUUCGUUUUUAGGAAGACCAUGUGGAGGUCGACCUGGAUAUUGUUAGCAAUAGGAAUUAGCGUAAUUAUUAACAAUCUUGUAAUACGAUCUAUUUAGGUAUUAGUACAAAUAACAUACCGGUAAAUAUACUGUGAGUUGGUUGAAUGAGGUAAUGAAAAACUUGGAAGUAAAAUGAAUGGAAAAAGGAUUUGUGGGAAUCCUUCUAAUCUUGAUUACCGGAUGCCUUAUGUAUGUAGACUGAGUAAAUCCAUUAAUAUUAAUACAAUUAAUUGUAAUUAAAUUGACAAUAUAAUAGCCUGUAAUGUUUUUCUAUUGUUUUUUUUUUUUUUAAUUUGUUAGAAUGUGGCGUGUCUUUGUUUCACUACGAAUUAUGUAGUCUAGUGUCAAGUGCCUAUAUUAUAAUUAUGUUCCAAUUUAUUAAAAUAAAGUAUUAUACCUGGG